AUGUCGUCUUCAGUCACCGGCUCUUCCAUGGCCAACAACCAAAUCCGAGGCCACAAAGCCGCUAUCAACAACCCCAAAGUGUCUGAGGAUGCCAAGGAGCGCUCCCGUCAGGCGAUGGAGGAGCUCAGUCAAACAGAUGAGGCCAAGUACAUCAGCGAGGGCCUGCAGGAGCAGAAGGACCCCGUCCGCCAGAACGCUGGCUACAAGGCUACACUGAGCAACCCUCAAGUCAGCGAGGAGGCGAAGCAGCACGCUCGCGAGGUACUCGAGGAGAGCGAUGCCUUGUAG